GGCAGCAGCAGCCGCGCGGGGCCGCCCGCCCGUCCUCCCUCCUAAAUCAAACUUGGGCGAAGCGUGGGGCGCCCGCACAGAGCCCGCACGGCAACCACCGGCUCUGCAGGGACCCGGGUAGAGGCUGUUGGGCUGGAUCCACCCCCUGCUCCCGGGGCGCCUUUGGGAGGCAGGGAAGGAAGAUCCCGAAGUUUGAUCCGCAAGUGGCAGCGGCUGGCAGCGGGCGCCGGGGCUGGGCUCGGGAGCGGGCACCUCGGCCCCGGCGCGGCCCCCUUGCUCCAGCCCUGCCCCAGCGGCGCCCGCACCAUGACGGAGCUGAGCGAGAAGGAGAACGAGCCUCAGGGCACGGCCGUGCAGGCGUCCCCGGGCGCCCUCGACGCCCUCCAGGAGAGCAAGCUGCAACGGUUCAAACGCUCGCUGUCCCUCAAGACCAUCCUGCGCAGCAAGAGCGUGGAGAACUUCUUCCUGCGAUCCAACAGUGAGCUCAAGUUCCCUUCUGAGGUGCUGCUCAGCCCCCCAACGCCCCUUCCACCCCCAUCCCCCCCACCACUGCCCGCUGCAGCCACCCCGCCCCGGGCUGAAUGCUCGCCCAGUGCCUGCCACCGGCCCCUGGCGCCCCUCAAGCCAAUGCGGACACACAGCUUCCAGGAGUAUGUUUUCAAGAAGCACUGCUCAUGUGAGCUUUGCCACCAGCAAAUCGUAGGCAAUUCCAAGCAAGGCCUGAGGUGUAAAACAUGCAAAGUCAGUGUGCACCUGUGGUGCUCGGAAGAGGUCUCACAUCAGCAAUGCCCUGGCAAGACGGCCACCUCCUUUCGCCGCAACUUCAGCUCCCCCCUCCUGCUGCAGGACCAACAGCAGGGCAGCUCCAAGGAGUCUCCCCCUGCAGCCCGCAGUGGCAAGGUGGAUCCCAUCUACGAGACACUGCGCUAUGGUACCUCGCUGGCUCACAUGAACCGCUCCAGCUUCAGCAGCACUUCAGAGUCACCCACUAGGAGCCUGAAUGAGAGGGAUGAGGCUGCGGAGGAUGCAGACGGAGGCCUCCAGAACAGUGAGGAAAGCCAGAGUGAUAGUGUGUUCACAGCCCCAGCAGAGAGUGAUGGUGCAGCCUUUGAAGAGAAGAGCCCUGGGCAGCCGGCUGUCUGGAGCUCGUUGUGGAAGGAGAUCUCACCCAUGUACUCCUAUGUAGCUCUCUACAAGUUCCUUCCCCAAGAGCACAAUGACCUGCCCCUGCAGCCUGGAGACAGGAUCAUGCUGGUCGAUGACUCCAAUGAAGACUGGUGGAAGGGCAAGAUCGGAGACAGGGUGGGCUUCUUCCCGGCCAACUUUGUGCAGAGGGUGCGCCCAGGUGAGAGCGUCUGGAAAUGCUGCCGAAAUUUCCAGGGCAACAAGGAGCAGGGACAGAUGAGCCUCAAAGAAAGCCAGAUCUGCGUUGGUGUGGGCAAGAGCAAGGAGAACGAGGGCUUCAUCAAGGUGACCAGCGGCACGAAACGUGGCUUGGUCCCGGCUGAUGCCCUGACAGAGAUCUGAGCAGGGCUGGGGAGCGAGGGACACAGAGGGCAAUGAAGAAGUCCAACCCUUCUCUUCCCAGCGGGGGAAUGUGGCCUCCCCAGCCCAUCCCCACCCAGUUGCACUCCCAGGCUGCCCUUCACUGCUUCCCCGUGCUCAGGGCACCAUGGCUGCCAACACACUGCACUGGGCUGAAAAGGAUUUAUUUCGGAACAGAUGCCCAAAAGAUGCCGCCCUCCCUUGGUUGCCCCACAGGGGUCAGAAGCAAGGUCUGGGGAGGGCAAGUUUGUUGCCACCCUCAUGUUUUUUCAGACUGAACCUGCCUGAUCCCACCUGUCUGGGUUGGUGCUGGUGGCAGGUGGGGGCCAGGGUCCCCCACUAUGGGAACAUCAGAGAGGGAGCAUCAGGAGAGUCCCCCAGCUGUGCCCCAUCCUGUGUUUGUCUCUUCCCCAGCAGGGAACCCUCCCUGGACUGCAACGUGGGCAGAGGAAUGGCUCUAUACUGAGCCGCCUGCUCUCCCACCAAUAUGUCUUAUCCUGCCUCUAUACCUCCACCCAACCAACCCUGCCUCCCCAGCCAUGUCGCAUGCCUGUAAUGUCAUGGAAACCGAAAUAGCUCCUGGCCUGGCCUCUAGGCUCAAGUGGGGGCAUCCCUCAUCUGUCUGUGCAGCGUCUGUGUGUCUGUGUGUGUGUGUGUCGGUGUGUUAGUGUCAUCACAGGACCUAUUUUGGAAACGACACGGGGUUUUUUCCUCGAACCACUCAGGACCAGGAGAGGCGGCAUUGGCUGUGCCUAAGGAAGGGCCAAGGCAACAUCUUUUUCUCUAGUCAUGUGACCCCCUCGACAGGUGGCUGUGUGUUGCUUUCCAUGGUCUGUAGGGGCUUUUCCCUAUGUUGAGGCUCCAUUUCCCAGGAUGUUCCCUGGUUGACUGUGAUCCACAGAAGAGCAAUUUUCCAGACCUCAGGAACCUUUGCCUGGAUUCACACCAUACUUGAACCAUGAGCAUUUUCCAGCCAGCUGCUGUUCUCCAUGUGGACAGCUAGAGACAGAGACCUGUCAGUCCAUCCAGCCUGGUCCUCCUCACCCAGCAUCACCCCCAGCCUGGAGAUUUGCCAUUGCUGCCCUCAGGGGGGCUGUUUGCAUCAGCGAUGUUUCUACUGGCUUGUACCAUGGCAGCUCUUAUCUCUCAGGGGGUGGCCACUACCGAGGGGGCACAUUGGGCAAUUCCAUGGAAGCGAGGGGGCUUUUCUUUGUGCUUAAAGAGGCCAAUCCUGAUUGGCCCAAAACACCCCCCAGGAGCUUUGCUGAGUGGCUGAAGCAGGCAUGAAACAAUGCCAGGGCUCCCCACCCUCCAUCCUGAGACUGCAGGCCUUGCUUACCUGAGCAGGGAGGGUCAGGGCUGUAGCCCCCUUGCUUGCCAGCUCCUCCUCCAGUCCCACUUGCUCCAGUACACUGAUUUUCAAACUCCUUUGGCUGCACCCCCGCCUCCUCCCCAUUACCUGCUCUUACCCUCAGUGUGGUUCUGCACAUUCACCAAUGUCAAUGUACAGCAAUGCCAUUAUACUCCCUGUGCCUUGACCAACCAGCAACUCCAUUACCAUGAUUACAAUUAAGGCAUGUCCCCAUUGGCAAAGCACUGGAAGGUGGGGGUACACAUACCCCAGUUUGAAAGCCACUGCUCUGCUGUAAGUGAUUGUGCUUCACAUACCUGAGCAAACUGCCCCCUUUCUGCUCUGUAUAGUACCCACCCCAUUAGCAUAUAACCUCUUGCAGGCAUUGAGCCCAACCCCACUUCCCACUCGCUCUGUGUCCCUGUGAGCAUAGCUCAGGGCUGGUGCAUGGGAGAAUGUCAUGUAUAGCAGAGAAGCUGGUCUUUGACUCCUUGUGGCACUGGGUGUUUCCCUCCAGCCUGGGUCAGCUAGGAGGGAAAUCUGCAGCAAAGGGUUCCCAGGCUUGUGGUAUGGGAGAGUCGCACUGUUUCCAGCUGUCAGCUUUGGCAUGGGGCAGGCUCCACGGUGAGACUGACAAACUAUCAUGGCUGCCCCCCCCAGCACAGUUUGCUUUGCCACAUCUAACCCCAGUCCCAACCCAUCUGCUUUAUUUCUAUGGAUCCCACCAGCUGACACCAUUGUCUCAUCUAUAACCAGAGCUCCAAGUGAGGUUCCAACAGCCUUAUACCCUACGCCCCAUAUGCUAAGAGUCCAAAGCUGCAGCCAGGUAGUCAGACCAAGGGUGCUCCCACACACCAGAGUCUUUAGCAAACCCACUGCUGGGAACAACACUUGUUCCAGACCAACCCCCAUGCUGGCAUCCAUCUGAUACUGCUUUCUACCUUGGAUGGAUGAAGGAGGGCUGGCUCGUCACUCCCUACCCCUCUGCACCUGCCCACAAUCGUACACGCGUGCGUCCAUGCACACACACACGGCCGCUGCAGCCUGUUGGAAGGGAUUUUCUCCCACACAUCGGUUGUGAUAGCAACUCACCUAAGCAAUAACAUCCAGAGGCAAUCUGGAUGCACCGUAGCUAGGACUGUGGAGUGUCACUGUACAUAAAGAAUGCAUGUCUCACCCAGCUGGCCAGCUGCAGAGGACAGCCUGGCUGAAACGUUCCAAAUUAAAUGUUACCAUGUUGCA